GAGCGCCGGCCGCGCCAGCCACGGCCUGAGGCGCCGGUGGCACCAUGAUCUCGACCAAGGAGAAGAAUAAAACCCCGAAGGACAGCAUGACGCUUCUGCCUUGCUUCUACUUCGUGGAGCUGCCCAUCGUGGCCUCCUCCAUCGUGUCCCUCUACUUCCUGGAGCUGACUGACCUCUUCAAGCCGGCCAAGGUGGGCUUCCAGUGCUACGACCGCACGCUGUCCAUGCCGUACGUGGAGACCAACGAGGAGCUCAUCCCGCUGCUCAUGCUACUCAGCUUGGCCUUUGCUGCGCCCGCCGCUUCGAUCAUGGUCGGCGAGGGCAUGCUGUACUGUCUGCAGUCCCGGCUGUGGGGCCGCGGCGGGGGCCUCGGCGGGACCGAGGGCAGCAUCAACGCCGGAGGCUGCAACUUCAACUCCUUCCUGCGUCGCACCGUCCGGUUUGUGGGCGUCCACGUGUUCGGCCUCUGUGCCACAGCCCUGGUGACCGAUGUCAUCCAGCUGGCCACGGGCUACCACGCGCCCUUCUUCCUCACGGUCUGCAAACCCAAUUACACAAUGCUGGGCACGUCGUGUGAGGUCAACCCCUAUAUCACGCAGGACAUCUGCUCUGGCCACGACACCCACGCCAUCCUGUCCGCAAGGAAGACCUUCCCGUCCCAGCACGCCACGCUGUCAGCCUUUGCCGCGGUCUACGUGUCGAUGUACUUCAACUCGGUCAUCUCGGACACCACCAAGCUGCUCAAGCCCAUCCUGGUGUUCGCGUUUGCCAUCGCCGCGGGCGUCUGCGGGCUCACUCAGAUCACGCAGUACCGCAGCCACCCCGUGGAUGUCUACGCCGGCUUCCUCAUCGGUGCUGGCAUCGCUGCCUACCUGGCCUGCCACGCAGUGGGCAACUUCCAGGCCCCUCCCGCAGAGAAACCAGCAGCCCCUGCACCUGCCAAGGACGCGCUGCGGGCCCUGACGCAGCGGGGCCACGACUCGGUUUACCAGCAGAACAAGUCUGUGAGCACAGAUGAGCUGGGCCCCCCCGGGCGGCUGGAGGGUGUGCCGCGGCCCGUGGCCCGGGAGAAGACGUCUCUGGGCAGCCUGAAGCGGGCCAGCGUGGAUGUGGACUUGCUGGCGCCACGCAGCCCCAUGGGCAAGGAGAACAUGGUGACCUUCAGCAACACGCUGCCCCGCGUCAGCACUCCCUCCCUAGACGACCCCGCCCGCCGCCACAUGACCAUCCACGUGCCGCUUGACGCCUCCCGCUCCAAGCAGCUCAUCAGUGAGUGGAAGCAGAAGUCUCUGGAGGGCCGUGGCCUGGGGCUGCCCGACGAAGCCAGCCCUGGGCACCUCCGGGCACCGGCCGAGCCCAUGGCAGAAGAAGAGGAGGAGGAGGAGGAAGAAGAGGAGGAGGAAGAGGAGGAAGAGGAGGAAGAGGAGGAUGGUCCCACUCCACCCUCCCUCUACCCCACUGUCCAGGCUCGGCCGGGUCUUGGGCCGCGGGUCAUUCUCCCGCCUCGGGCCGGCCCGCAGCCACUCGUGCACAUCCCCGAGGAGGGGGUGCAGGCGGGGGCCAGCCUGUCCCCAAAGAGCAGUGCCACUGUCCGUGCCAAGUGGCUCAUGAUGGCUGAGAAGGGCGGGGCUGCCGUGGCUUCGGGCACGACGCCGCCCCGCGUGGCCAACCCCCCACGGCUGCUGCAGGUGAUCGCCAUGUCCAAGGCCUCGGGCGCGCCCAGCCCCAAGGCUGCGGAAACCGCCUCGUCCUCCAGCGCCAGCUCCGACUCCUCACAGUACCGGUCGCCGUCCGACCGUGACUCGGCCAGCAUCGUCACCAUCGACGCGCACGCGCCCCACCACCCUGUGGUCCACCUGUCCGCGGGUAACGCGCCCUGGGAGUGGAAGGCGGCGGGCGGCGGGGCCAAGGGCGUGGAGGGCGAGGGUGGGUACGAGCUGGGGGACCUGGCUCGCGGUUUCCGUGGCGGGUCCAGGCCGCCAGGUGUGUCCCCCGGGUCGUCCAUCAGUGACGUGGACCAGGAGGAGCCGCGCUUUGGGGCUGUGGCCACUGUCAACCUGGCCACGGGCGAGGGCCUGCCCCCACUGGGCACAGCCGACGGGGCGCUGGGGCCGGCCAGCCGGGAGUCUACGCUUCGGCGCCACACGGGCGGCCUGGUGCUGGCAGAGCGGGAGGCUGGCGAGGCGGAAGUAGAGAGCUACUACCGCAAGAUGCAGGCCCGCAGGUUCCAGGACUGAGGGCUGC